AACUGUGUCGCGUGAUGGCAUGAACCGUGCGGUCGCAGCACAGUCCCUGCGGCGACCGAGCCACGGAGUUGCCGGUUUCGCAAAAACCAAACCCGUGGGCGCCGCUUUCUGCCAUGCCUUCCUAUAUCUCCUCCUCCGCCCCCGUCGCUCGUGGGUUCCUCCGCCACCGAUUCCACUCUCCCGUGAUCCGGCGGCUCGCCGCUUCCGAUCGGAGCCCCCCAACUCGGACCCGUCCCGUCGGUCGAAUUGGGAGGUUUCUUGGAGGCGCUUCAGCCGACGAAUUGAGGUUGGGAGCUUCUGCAGUUGCGUGCAGGCAUCGUGAAUAUUUUUUUGCUGGACUGGGCCGGGUGUUGAGAUGAUUUGUUCGUGAAUUUGGCACUCCCGCCAGUGCCCUGAUUAAGCCCGGGGCUCAGGAACGUGCCGACCAUCUAAAGUACGAGUAACCAUGGGAAGACGUGCCGGAGUGGUUUUAGUUUUCCUGCUCUUCAUCCUCAUUGGGGAAGUGUCGGCCGUUGCUGAGACCGAGAUUGGUGAUGUGCGCUUAGCACGAGAGGCACCGCAUGGGAAGCUAGAGGCUGCUGCUAGGAAGGAUGGAUUGAAGAGUGGCAGGGUGUCAGUGUCUACUAUUGCAUGGUCUACGCUUGCGAUGGCCGCGGCAACCGGGUUGGGAGCAUUGCCAUUCUUUUUCCUGGAGCUAGAAGCCCAAUGGGCGGGCCUUUGCAAUGGGCUGGCAGCCGGGGUGAUGAUGGCUGCAAGCUUCGAUCUUGUGCAGGAAGGGCAGAUGUAUGGCAGUGGGAGCUGGGUUGUUUUCGGGAUUUUGAGUGGAGGGAUCUUUAUUUGGCUUUGCAAGAAGCUUCUUGAGCAAUAUGGAGAAGUAAGCAUGCUGGAUAUAAAAGGUGCAGAUGCAAGUAAAGUUAUUCUUGUUGUUGGAAUAAUGACACUUCAUUCUUUUGGUGAGGGCUCUGGUGUGGGUGUUUCCUUUGCUGGCUCAAAAGGAUUCUCUCAAGGUCUCCUAGUUACUAUAGCUAUAGCAGUGCACAACAUACCUGAGGGCCUAGCUGUAAGCAUGGUACUGUCAUCUAGGGGUGUGUCACCCCAGAAGGCAAUGCUAUGGAGUAUCAUAACAUCUUUACCACAGCCAAUUGUUGCUGUUCCUGCAUUCCUUUGUGCUGAUGCAUUUCAAAAGGUGCUUCCCUUCUGUACUGGUUUUGCUGCGGGGUGCAUGAUAUGGAUUGUUAUUGCAGAGGUUCUUCCUGAUGCUUUUAAGGAAGCCACUCCAUCUCAAGUUGCCUCCGCCGGAACGCUUGCUGUUGCUUUUAUGGAAACAUUAGGUACUGUGCUUCAGGGAUUCACUGAUGGCCAAGGCACGGAAGAUACAUCAGGCUUUUUGGUAUCACUUGUAUUUGGACUUGGUCCACUUUUUGGAGGAAUUAUACUUGUUGCAUUCUCGCUUGCCUUCAGCAUGCCGCACCCUCUUCUUACUGGUGUAGCAUCUGGCAUAGCCUUCCGUCUUGCUGCAUGGAGGCCAUUACAACUAAUAAUAUCAACAAAGAUGGGUAUAUUCACCACUUUAAUCCUCCUGAUAGGAGGUUCCAUCUUCUACCAUGUCGCCACAGCAAGCAUCCUUAGGGUUGUUAACCGCAAGAGAUCCUCUGUUAAUGUCAUUACAUCGUCCUCUGGACUCUCUGUUAGUGUCCUGACACUACAGUCGCUCCUUGCGUGUGGCUCCGUCAUCCUUCAUGCCUAUGCCGAAGGGCUUGCACUCGGUGUCGCAGCACGCAAGGCAUAUGGUCUAGGCCGUUACAUGGUUCUUCCAGUCUCCUUGCACGGUCUACCACGUGGUGCUGCUGUCGCGAGCUGUGUAUACGGCACCACUGAUAGCUGGCGUGGAGCCUUGGCAGCUGCAGCUCUGACUGGGCUCGCAGGACCAAGCGCCGCCAUCAGUGCGAUCCUUGCGAAGAUGGACUACGAUGGACUGGACUACUGGAUGGUAAUUGCAUGCGGAGCUUUGAUCCCAGGUUUUGGUCGUGUCUUGAGACGAUCAAUGCGGCUAGACAUGCGGAAGAGUGUAUGUGGGCUCCUGAUAGGUUUUGGUUUUGCAUCUGUAUGUUUGAUGUCAACCAGAUUCAUCUGCUUGCACACUCCUUACUGCAACUCAGCUCCAGAAGCUGUCACAUGAUUCUUAUGCUGCUGUUGAAGUAACAAAUGUAACAUCAAUGUAAUGACAUGGCAAUACAGAUCAGAUGUAAGAUUAUUGCCUUGAGGCUGAGGGAUCUCCUUGCAUGAACAAAGUCAAAGGACAACCGGCAUUAUACAGAAAAAA